GGGCAGCUUGAUUUCCAUAGAGGGCUAGUAUUCGGUGAAGCCCCGACCACAUAGGAUGUUUGUUUACGUCACUUUCAGCUAGGUUCGGUUGCUCGCCUUGCUCAGGCCCCACCCCACAGGCACACGUCCUAGAUGACCAAUCAAAGCCCCGCCCAACAUCCAUUAUUUGCUUUUGUAGAGGCUCAGAGUACCCGGGUGCAGCCCCUAGCAUAAUGCCUGGCGUAUAGCCGUGGAAACGGCAGGAAGUGGGGCGUCAUAGAGACGGAGGCAACGCGUUGAUCUGAGUGGUCUGGCUGACUGAAUCCGUGUACCCGGAAGUGCUGCUGGUGUUCACCAACAUGGCGGUCUCCGUCCCCGGCCUGAGUAGCGGCCUGGGCCCCGGUCCCGAGGCCGGGGACUUCCUGGCGCGAUACCGGCAAGUAUCAAACAAACUGAAGAAGCGCUUCCUACGGAAGCCGAACGUGGCGGAGGCCGGCGAGCAGUUCGGGCAGUUGGGUCGCGAGUUGCGCGCUCAGGAGUGCCUACCCUACGCAGCCUGGUGCCAGCUGGCCGUGGCGCGUUGCCAGCAGGCGCUCUUCCACGGGCCUGGGGAGGUGCUGGCCCUCACUGAGGCCGCGCGACUCUUCUUGCGGCAGGAGUGUGAUGCGCGCCAGUGCUUGGGCUGCCCGGCUGCCUACGGAGAACCUCUGGAAGCGGCAGCCAGCGCCUUGAACGCCGCCGUCCGCCUACACCUGGAGCUGGGCCAGCCGGCGGCCGCCGCCGCCCUGUGCCUGGAGCUGGCCGCAUCCCUGCGCGGUCUGGGCCAGCCAGCCGCCGCCGCCGGUCACUUCCAGCGCGCCGCGCAGCUGCACCUGCCUCUGCUGCCCCUAGCCGCGCUGCAGGCGCUGGGCGAUGCAGCCUCCUGCUUGCUGCUGGCACGCGAUUACACAGGCGCCCUGACUGUCUUUACGCGCAUGCAGCGCCUGGCGCGAGAGCACGGAGGACACCCGGCCAGGGCCCUGCCACCGCCGCCCCCGCCUCCGCCCCCAAUCCCCCAGCAGCCACAGCAGCAGAGGCAUCCGUCGCCGCCGCCGCCCGGACCUGGUACAGCCCCGAUUCGGCCCGCCGCGCUGCUCCCAGCCAGCGUCCAAGGCUCUGCUGCUCCCCCUCCCAGCACUUUGGGCGCCUUCUCAGAUGUGCUUGUCCGGUGCGAGGUGUCCCGAGUGCUAUUACUGCUGCUCCUUCAGCCACCGCCGGCAAAAUUGCUGCCUGAGCAUGCCCAGACCCUGGAGAAGUACUCCUGGGAGGCUUUCGACAGCCAUGGGCAAGACAGCAAUGGCCAGCUUCCCGAGGAGCUGUUUUUGUUACUGCAAUCCUUGGUCUUGGCUACCCAGGAAAAGGAUACGGAAGCCAUCAAGACGCUGCAGGUGGAGAUGUGGCCGCUGUUGACUGCUGAGCAGAACCACUUGCUUCAUCUCAUUCUUCAAGAAACCAUCUCGCCCUCGGGACAGGGGGUCUGAAAAGUCUUCGUUUAACCAAAUAGCCUUUCAGCCUGGUGCCUGACCUCACACAGGCCAGGGCAGCUCAUCCACCUUUGCAUUUGAGGACAGGCCAUUAAAGACAUAGUCCUGAUUCUGAGUUUUUGGGAACACCAUGGUUUCUUUCCAUGCCUAGCGUAUCACUUGAUAUCAUGCCUUCCAAGUCCAUCUAUAUUGUCCCUAUUGAGAAAAAUUCAUUCUUCUUAAGGCAGAAUAGGACCCCAAUUGUUCGUAUUAAUCUAGUUCCUUUAUCCAUUUAUUGGUUGAUGGAUGCUAGGUGGAUUCUAUUUAUUGGCUGAUGGCAGUAGUGUGAUAAACAUGGGAGGGCUCAUGUCUCUCUAAUAGUCUUUUCUUUGGAUAUAUACCUAGUAGUAUUUUUUUUCAUUUUUACUUGUGUAUGUGAUGUGCUGUGUGGUAAUAUGUAUUGUAUGUAUCCUUGCAGCAUGCCCCAUACACUCGCCUUUGGAGGCAUAAGUGGAACAUUGAGUCAUCAACUCAGUUACUCUUCUGCAUGGUCUUGUUUGGGCCAGAGUUUUCUUUUAGUAAUCCUGAAGCUGUGGGGCUAGAUUUUCGGGUCUCUGCAAGACUGGGAUUAGAGGCAUGCAUGGCCACGUCUAGCUGUUUUAUGUGGAAUCUGGAGAUAUGAACUUAGGCUGCUUCAGGCUUCAGCAGGAAGCACACAACCACUGAGUCAUCUCUCCAGCCAUAUACCAGGUAGUGUUUGACAUCCCCUAUAAUCAUUUAGGAAAGGAAUGAAAUUUUCUGUCUCCAGCAAUAUGGGCCUAAGGUAAUGUGGUCAUAAUCCCACUGUGACCUAAAAUAUUAGCCCUUGUGAUUUUUCACCUAAAUUUGCACAGAGGAUGGGGUAGGGAGAAGAGGAAAAAAAACCUAUAAAAUAUGAUUGUAAUAUUGUCUCAGUAUGUAGACAUGAGAUCUAUGUUGGUAUGCAAACUUUUCAGUUGUACUAUUUUUUCUGCAUGCUCAGCUGGCCUGGGUUCUUAUUUUCUACAUGUAUCUUGUCUCUGGACACUUUCUUUCUUUACUACAUGUGUGAUCUUUUCUUAAUCUCUGAGUCCUUCACUAUCUGUAAAUCCUCUCUGAAUGCUUAUGCAAUGGGGAUCAUGUGGCUUGAAUUCUCAUGCCUCCCUCUCUCCCUCCCUCCCUCCCUCCCUCUCUCUCUCUCUCUCUCUCUCUCUCUCUUUCUCUCUCUCUCUCUCUCUGUGUGUGUGUGUGUGUGUGUGUGUGUGUAUGUACAUGUGCAUGUAAGCAUGUACACCUAUCUUCUCUGGAGGCUCCUCACACCCCCCAGAGAUUUUUCUUUGAAGAUUUUCUCCAUUCUUCCUCUCCCCCUUUCCAGCUGGACAAUGGGGAGAAUUCCUUCUGACUUGAGACUUUCUGCUAGCCUUCCCUCUGGAUUAUAAUUCUCCCUAAAAUAAAGCUCACAAUUCGUAAUUUA